AUGAGAACAGUGUGCAAGGACGAGAACUGUGGAUGGCUUGUCUAUGCUGCUAACAACACUGAGAACAAUUACUGGCAGAUCAAGACGUUCAAUGAUGAUCACAGUUGUGCAAGGGAAACCAAAAAUAGAUUGGCUAAUAGGAAGUGGCUGGCCGGGAAAUUGGUGAAGAAGCUACGAAAAUAUCCUAACUUAAGACACUGUGAGGCUGCUCAGUAUUUUAAGACAAAAUGUGACUUAGAACUAAGCAAGUGUUCACUGACUAGGGCCUUAGGAGAUGCUAGGGCUGUUGUGUAUGGUGAUGCUGCUGCCCAAUAUGGGAUUGUAAGGGAUUAUGGGCUGACACUGCUUAGGAGUAACCCAGGCUCUACUGUCACAAUUGGAGUUAUCCCUCAACCCAACUCUGAUGAUGAACCAAUAUUUGAAAAGAUGUACAUCUGCUUGGAUGCUUGUAAGAAGGAAUUUCUGGCUGGCUGUAGACCGCUCAUAGACUUGGAUGGAGCUUUUCUGAAGACCCAACAUGGUGGCCAGAUCUUGUCUGCAAUUGGACAAGAUGCAAACAAUCACAUAUAUGUGAUUGCAUAUGCAAUUGUCCCUGUUGAAAAUACUGAAAACUGGAGGUGGUUCUUGGAAUUACUUCAUCAAGACUUGGGAGAUUAUAAGCAAAACAAGCUCUGUUUUAUUUCAGAUAUGCAGAAGGGCCUAAUCCAUGCUGUUAAGGAGGUUUUUCCAGGUGUCCAUCACAAAUUCUGUGUGUGGCACUUAUGGAAGAACUUCAAUAAGCAGUGGAAAGAUCUCCAGCUGAGAGGGUUGCUAUGGGAGUGUGCAAGGUGCACCAGCCAAGAUGGGUUCCUAGAGAGUAUAAAAAAGAUUGAGAGGGUUAACAAGGAAGCUUGGGAGUAUUUGAACAAGUGGCCUAGAGACUCUUGGAGCCGGGCUUUCUUCAGCAACGCACCUAAAAUAGACAAUAUCUACAACAAUGCUUGUAAAGUCUUCAACUCAAGGAUCAAAGAAGCUAGAGCCAAACCUAUCAUUACACUGUUAGAGGAAGUCAGACUGUAUGCAAUGAGGUCAAUCGCUAGGAACAAAGUGAAGCUUAAUUCCAACACUGGUACUCUACCACCUAUACAACGAAGCAGAUUGGAAAAAAUAAGGAAGGAGUCAAAGAGUUGGGUCCCGAUGUGGUCUGGUGACUCUGAGUACGAGAAAUUCGAGGUUCACGGGUGGCCGACUAACAUGGUUAUUGAUCUGGGGAAGAGGCUCUGCACAUGUGGUUUUUGGCAAUUGAGUGGGAUGCCGUGUGUGCAUGCUUGUGCUGCAUUGGCAAGGGUUGGUAGAAGACCAAAUGAGUUUUGUCACCAGUGGUUGACAAUGGAAGCAUAUAAUAACACAUAUGCCUUCCAUAUCAACCCAAUUCCAGGUCAAGCCCUUUGGAAAAAGUCACCACAUAAUAGACCACAAGCACCUAAAUUUAAAAAGAAACCAGGCCCACUUACGAAAAAAAGAAGAAAGGAUGCAGAUGAGGAGCCAAGUGGAGGUAAAAAGCAAAAGAAGAAGAUGAAAAGAAUCUAUCAAAAAGGUCACUGUCGUUAUUGUGGUGAAUCGGGACACACGAAGAGAAAGUGUGGAAAGAGAGCUGCUGAUGAGGUGGUUGCUGCUGCUACUAAGGCUGCUGCUGCAGCUAAGGCUGCUGCUACAGAGAAGGCUGCUGCUACUAAGGUUGCUGCUGCAGCUAAUGGUGGUGAAGCCACCGUUGUCCCAGAACCCCCCACCGAAAUUCAACUUGAAGUCAAUCAACCACCAUUGUCACAAACCGAUGACUCUCAAGAGGUCUUGCCUCCUCCUGUGAGGCCACCAAAACUGCCUCCCAAAAGGAAGUCAUCCAAACAAGAAAAGGCAACUCCAGGAAGCAGCUUUCAAGCAGGAACCACCGCACCUGCUGCCACCGCACCUGCUGCCACCCCACCAGCAACCAGUCAACCCACAACUCUUCCUCCAUCUCAUCCUAUGCAAGGUGCAUCACAGGGGACCGUAACAAGACUUUUUAACUUCAUGAAGUUUGUUCCGAAUCCUGGAUUCAGACCACCAAGAAACAAAAAAUGA